AUGGCUUCAAUGAGUGCAGCUGGGGGCUCCAGUACGGCGACCGAAACUGUCCGCCAGAAGGUGGCAGUCGACACUAACGGCAAUGUGUUCAAGGUGCCAGACUACACGAUCAAAGAACUGCUGAGAGCGAUCCCGGCGCACUGCUACGAGCGGAGCCUAGUGCGGUCCAUGGGCUACGUGCUGCGCGACAUCGCGUGCAUUUUGACCACCGGCUAUCUUGCGCAAUGUGUGCUUUACCCGUACGUGGCUGACAUGCAUGUGUCAGUGCGUUUCGUCUUCUGGUUCGCGUACUCGCUGGCGCAGGGUCUGUUCUGCACGGGGCUCUGGGUGCUGGCACACGAGUGCGGGCACCAGGCCUUCAGCGACUACGGCGCCAUAAACGACUUGACUGGCUGGAUCCUACACUCAUACCUACUGGUGCCGUACUUCUCCUGGAAAUACUCGCACGCCAAGCACCACAAGGGCAACGGCCACAUGUCACGUGACAUGGUCUUCGUGCCACCACGUGCCCAGGAGUAUCGCGAAAAGCGGGGCAUCAUCGGCGAGCUGGCCGAGCAUAGCGGCGACUCGCCUCUGCGAACGCUCUCGGACUUGGUCACCCAGCAGCUCUUUGGAUGGCUGAUGUACCUCACCACCAACGUCACCGGCCAGAAGUACCCCGGCCGCUCGAAGUGGACGCAGAACCACUUCUGGCCGUUCUCGCCCGUCUUUGAGAAGCGCGACGCGCUCUUCAUUUUGCUCUCUGAUCUAGGUAUUUUGACACAGCUGCUGGUUUUGCGUGUAUGGUACUUGGACUUUGGCGCGUGGUCCGUGUUCAUCCACUGGUUCGUGCCAUAUAUUUGGGUCAACCACUGGCUAGUUUUCGUCACCUUCCUGCAGCACACGGACACCACGAUAGGGCGGUACGAGACCGAGGAGUGGACGUUUGCCAGGGGCGCGGCGUGCACCAUUGACCGUGAGCUGCCCUUCAUCGGGCCACACCUCUUCCACGACAUCAUAGAGACCCACGUGGUCCACCACUACAGUUCUCGCAUCCCUUUCUACAACGCGCGCGAGGCGUCCGAGGCAAUCCAGAAGGUGAUGGGCGAGCACUACCGCAAGUCCACGGAGAGCAUGUGGGUCACGUUGUGGAGGGCUGCGCGGGGGUGCCAGUACGUGGAUGGUGACAACGGGGUGAUGAUGUACCGUAAUAUCAACGGGAUUGGCGUCGGGACCGGUCCUGAGGCAAAGAAGACCAAGUAA